UUAAUUCUCAGUUUGACACUUUGUCAUAUUUUCUGUGCUUCUAUUAUAGAAAAUGUCUCAAGUUGACGAGCUAUGCGAGCGUCUAGUUCGUGCAGCAUUGAAAAGAGAACGGACUGGGAAGGAUGCGUAUGGGCAGCCUGUUGAUGGGAUUGCAGGAAAUGUUCCAUCUUCCCUUGCAAACAAUGGGGAUAUUGAUGAAAUUCUACGUGCUGCAGAUGAGAUCCAAAAUAAGAAUCCAAAUGUCUCCAGGAUCUUGUGUGAACAUGCUUAUUCUUUGGCUCAAAAUCUGGAUCCUGACAGUGAAGGAAGAGGAGUUCUACAAUUUAAAGCUGGAUUGAUGUCUGUCAUUAAGCAAAAACUUGCAAAAAAGGAGGGAGGAGUUAUAGAUAGAAACCAAGACAUUGCUCUUUUGCAAGAUUUCUACAAACUCUAUCGAGAGCAGAAUGACGUGGAAAAGUUACGAGAAGAAGAGUUCAAUUUAAGGGAGAUUGGGGCUUUCAGUGGAGACUCGGGCGAGUAA